UGACUCAACUACUUCUAACAUUCAAAUGUAAUUGAAUGCACCUUAAGAAAUUAAUAGAUAUUUAUAGAAAUAUUAAAUAGUAAACUAAAAUAGAUUUAUCACAAUGGCAAAGUCAGAUAGUUUUAAUGAUAUAGAGGAACUUUUAGACUGCGACGAUGAACUAACACAACAAUUUAAUCAAGCAGCGUCUCAUUUGCAAACAAUUGUUUCUGAGUUAGACAAUAACACCCUGGUUUUAUUAUAUGGGUAUUAUAAACAGGCAAAUGAAGGAAGAUGCAACAUCCCUAAACCUGGUUGGUUUGACAGCAAAGGGCGUUAUAAAUGGGAGGCGUGGCACAAACUGGGUGAUAUGCCCCAAAAUCAAGCCAAAUCCUUGUACAUAGAAAACAUCAAGAAACUUGAUGCAAACUUUACUUUCACCUCCACGACAACAAAAAAAGAUAAAAAAGAUAGUUGGGUAACCGUCUCAACAUUAUCAAGAGAAGUUAUUCCUGAAAGUUCAAAAUCGUUAACCGAUUAUAUCAAAGAUGACGACAUUACGACAACAAAUAAAAUCUUGAAAGCGUACAGUAAAGAACAACUUGCUGAUGCGCUCCAACAACUAGAUGAGGAUGGAUUGGCUUUAAUACAUUGGGCGGCCGAUCGAGGAUCUUUGGAUAUCUUGCAGUUGUUGUUGUCUUUAGGGGCAGACGUAAAUCUAACUGAUUCAGAGGGACAAACUCCGUUGCAUUAUGCUGCAACGUGUGGACAUGAUAAUUGUAUCAAGCUUCUUUUGGAUUAUGGAGCUAAUUCCAAAGCUGUCGAUGUAAAUGGGGAUACACCUGCUGAUGUUUGUGGCGACACAGCAACCAAAGCCCUGUUUUCCUAAGCGUAGCAUAAUGUGUAUUAAUUGUAUUUGUUAAAAUAUCAAUAAAAUAUAUCUUUUUUGUGGAAAAA